UUGGUAACUUCAAAGUACACACCAAGUUGCUCAGUCCAGUUACGACCAGAUCCCAUUGAUGAAGUGAGUUGAAUCAGUUCUCUAACGAGCUUCACGCAGCGUCACCCUUUUGAGUUUUACAGCGUCUAGAGAUUUUAGUAGCUUUUAUCCUUUCAAUGAUUAUGCCAAUCGAAGCGGAAAUCCGAGCGCAGAUUUGUUAAAUGUGAACCGCCAUAUCCAGGUACAGUAAAUUGGCCAAUUUCCGUCACCGCCGAAAACUCGUUUACCACCCACUGUAGCUGUCAGCAGUAGCAGUAGCAGUAAUACUGAAGAAGGGGGCGCGUUUUGUGGGCUCUCCCGAUGGUGUACCAUGUCAACGAUAGACGAGCGUGUCGCCUAUUUAGAUAAUCCAUACUUCAAAGGUCACAUCUAUGGUAAUUUUAGUCCGUUUUACGUAACCAUCGGAAUCUGCACCGUGCUGCUACUUUCCAUCUUUCUGCUCAACAUUAUCUGUGGUUGUUGCUCGAAAAACAAACACUACUGGCAGGAUCGACAUACAGGAAAUCGUUGGCUAAUCUCGAUUUGGUCUGCGACUCCACACAAGCAACCUCCGUUGGAUUUGACAGAACUGAAGGACGUGAGAUCUUUCCAACCAAUCAAUCCCGACAUCGAAAGGCCAGUCGAGUAUACCGUGUCCCAUCAUAGACCUCAGCAACACUUUGGACGGAGUGGCUACCCGGAGGAAUACGUUGAGUUGCACAAACGCGAAAGUGACAUCUAGACGACGCACAGGGCUGU